AUGGAGGAUGGGUAUUCUUCUAAUGGUACUAGUGAUUGGCCAGCUCAAGAGAAGCUCAAAGUUUUUAUGGCCAAAUCCAAACGCCUCUUAGCUAAACUUAAUUAUGCUGAGCAGAUUAAGAAGAAAGACAAAGCCGAAUUAGAGAGGAUAUCUCGGCAAUUGGAUGAGGUGUUGAUGGAAAGGGACUUCAAAAGGAUUACAAGAUCCCAAGCUAAAGGUUUCAAAGUUUCUAAUGCAAAUAAGAAAGCACAU